AUGGACAAUGAUACGAAUGUCGAUUUCUUCUCCAAGCUGAAUACACCCACAGCCGGAUGGGCAGCCAUUGCAGUGUGUGCCAUAUGUUUUGGCACCAACCUCAUACCUGUCAAAAAGUUUAACAUGGGAGAUGGUCUGGGUUUCCAAUGGCUCAUGUGCACGGGAAUCUUGAUAGUUGGAAUUGCUGUUCAACUGAUUGUUGGAAUCCUUUACAGAGUGCCCGAGUUUUAUCCCCUCGCCAUGGCUGGUGGAGCUCUUUGGGCUGUUGGAAAUUCCCUGACCGUAGUCAUCAUUGAAUCAAUCGGUCUGAGCCUUGGCAUUCUAAUUUGGUCCAUCGCAAACAUGCUCUUCGGUUUUACAACUAGUCGUUUUGGUGUUUUUGGAAUUCCACCCAAAAUACCUUCGAAACCGAUUAUGAAUUACGUGGGAGUUGGAAUUGCAGUUAUAAGCAUUGCGCUCUACGCAGCGAUUAAGCCGUCUGCGGAUAAGAAGUCCGAAAAUGAAGAAGAUAACUCAGAACUGGAUGUUGAAGGCGAACGCAAAUGCUGUCCCUGCGCCUGUGUUCCGGCCCGUCAUCUGCCCUCUGGUGUUAGACGUGCUCUCGGUAUCUUUCUCGCUAUUGCGGCUGGUUCCUUCUACGGAAACACUUUCGUUCCCACCAUCUACAUUCAGAGUAUGGUGAAGGGCGCUAGCCAAGCUGGUUUGGACUACGUGUUCGCCAACUUUGUUGGAAUCUGGUUGGCUUCGACAGCCAUCUUUGUGGUUUACGCUCUGCUGAAGUGCAACCAACCCUGGUUUCCAUCCAAACAGGCAAUGAUUCCCUCCCUUCUCAGCGGCAUUCUCUGGGGUCUGGCCCAGUCCUCGUGGUUCAUUGCCAAUGCUGCUCUGGGCGAACCAAUCACAUUUCCCAUCGUCACUACAUGCCCCGCCCUUAUUGCCACGCUCGUGGGCGUAGUCAUUUUCAAGGAGAUCAAGGGCAAACGCAAUUUCAUCAUUCUUCUUGUCGCAAUGUGUGUUACAAUUACCGGAAUCCUCCUCAACGCUUUCUCUCUGUAA